CCCUUCCUUCUCGCCGUCGCCGUCCCCGACCUCGAGCAACCGUUGAUGUUUUCUCCGGAGUACAUCGUCGUCCCACCAACUCCCAUCAGCACCCCCCAUCCGCCCUCCCCUCGCCUCAGCCGCGACGUCGACGGCCACUCCCUCGUCCCGGAGCUCACACACUCCUCCGAGGGCUCGUCGACAGACCGCGACCGCAGCUCCUCCGAGACGACCAUCGUCACUAUCUAUUCCAUGUAUGAAGAAGACGCUGGCAGCUGGUCUGCCGCUGCCUCCGCCGUCAGCCAUGCCUCCCGGCCGCAGUCUCGCCCGACCAGUCGCGGCUUGAACCUGAACCUCAAGGACGGUGUGCACAUCGCCACCUCCGCCAUGCCUGCCUACCGGGACUCGUAUAACCCCUCCGCGCUCGACGACAGUGCGUUCUACGACACCACCGCCGCGUACGACCUCCGCCGCGCCAGCAUGGGGAAGCGAUUAAGUGUUGACAAGCCAAGACACUCUGUCGUUUCCGCCGGUUCUGUUCAGCUUGCGUACGCAGACUCAAGGCCGUCCUCCGCCUACAGGCAUUCCACCGUGGAGAGUAUUGGGAAUGGUGGAGCACCCCGACGUAGCACCGGUUCAGAGCGCCGUCCUUCAGGUCCCCGGAGCAGGCCAUCUUCCUCGCAUAGACACAAGCCCUCCUCGUCUCAGCAGUCUGCGGCCAGCACUGACAUCCCGCGCGUAUCUUUCUCACUUGAUGCGACGGACCCCAAACCACUGCCCCAGACCCCACCUCGCUCACCUCUUCUCUCGCCGCCCUCGACCCCAGGCACACCAUUCACUCCCCCAUCACGACCGUCACACCGCGAUACCUCCUCGCCUCCAGAGCCCUCCUUACAAAUACCUGGGUCCACCUCUUUCUCUCCGACGUCAUCACCGCACGGGUCUACGUCUCAGUUCAGCACGCCGGAAAGCAAGCACUCAGCAGUUGCCCGGUCAGAAGGGGAGGAUGCGGAUGCGUUUCAUGUGCGGAGCACGUAUGCACAGCUCGAGGCGACCGGUGUCAAGGGCGAUGGGAUCGAGGAGGGUGUCGAGCGUACCCGUGCCCGCGUGGGUGGCAGCCGCGCAAGUGAGAUCCGUGCGAUGCAAGCCCUCGGAGAUGCGGCAGAGAAGACGCGCGAGCUUACCCCGCAGGAGGUCGAACUGUUGUCGAGCUUGGACAGGUACGGCUUCUUCCAAAUACCCUCGCAUGACCGCCUUAUUCUCCUGAACGCCGAACCUCUGCGCCGGCCACUUUCGCGGAUACCUACCGCGACCACCACGGGCCCUGCGAGUCCCCCACCACUGCCCAAGCAGCCUGGCAGCUCGCUCUCUCCCAAAGAGACCGAACGCAUGGCGAAAUGGGGCCGGAUGCUCGUCCCGGCCUCGCGCGAUCCGGGCAGGAACAUCGACAUGUGGGCCGUGAAGCCGACGAAGGAGCGGAAGCUACGCGAGCGCGUCUACAAGGGGAUCCCGAACUGCUGGCGCACCGCGGCGUGGGAGGUGCUGAUGUGCCGCUACUCGCGUACGGGCAAGACGGAGCUGAAGCAGCUCAUGGCGGAGUAUCACGAGGCACUGGACAAGCCGUCUUCGUACGACGUGCAGAUCGACUUGGACGUCCCGCGGACGAUUAGCGGACAUGUCAUGUUCCGGACACGAUACGGGCAAGGGCAACGGUCAUUAUUCCACGUCCUCCAUUCACUGUCAUUACGAUGCGACACCUGUGGGUACUGCCAAGGGAUGGGUCCCAUCGCCGCGACAUUGUUGUGCUAUUUCGAGCCCGAGCGCGCGUACGCGUCGCUAGUGCGGCUGCACGACUCGUACAGCAUGCACUCGAUAUUCAGCCCUGGCUUCCCCGGGCUGCUCGAGGCGAUCUACGUGCAGGAGCGGAUGACGGAGCAGAUGAUGCCCGCGGUGUACGCGGCGUUCAAGAAGCACAUGGUGUCGACGACGUCGUAUGCGACGAAGUGGUACAUCACGCUGUUUGCGAACUCGGUGCCGUUUCAGAUGCAGCUCCGGCUCUGGGACGCGUUCCUGCUCGAGGGGCACGACAUCUUCGUUAUCGUUGCGGUGGCGAUUGUGUGGGUGUACCGAGAUCACAUCACUUCGGAGUCGGCGAACUUCGAGACUGUGUUGUCGAUGCUCUCUUCGUUCUUUGUCCCGGAAGACGAAGACACGACAUUACAGUGGAUCGAGAAGGCGCUCGGGGACAAGAAGUUGCGCGCGGACAUGGUGCGCUGGAGGCAAGACUGGGCGCGGCUCGUCGCGUCUGGCGAGAACGGUACGGCGCUGCUAUAGCAUUGGCACUUGCAUGGAGUCACGGACUCGAUGCUCGACGGACACCAGCUUCUUCUCUCCCCUUCCUCACCAUUCCUCUCCUCGCAUUCUCGCAUUGGCAUUGGCAUAUUCGCAUUCGCAUACCGCAUGGGCAUUCACGUUCGCAUCGCAUCACAUCUCGUCGUCGCAUCCCCGGACACAUGUGAGCUGUACUUCAGCAUCCUGUUGGGUCGUCUUGCUGUGUGUACAUAUCCGUCCCCUCCUUUUCACUCUCCCACUCGGAUUUCUCGGAUUUCUCCUUCCCUCUGCCUUUUUAACCUGUCGCUCCUCAUCGUCGUCCUCCUCACCCAUGUCCGCUGCUCUCACCAUAUUCCCCCGUCGCAUACGCAUAUCCCUACGUACUCCGGACUAAUCGCGAUACCACUCGCUAUACAGUACACCAUGCCCGCCGGCUUACAGUAGAGCUUAAGCUUCCAGCAGACCAACUCAACUUGUACCACGCAUAAGCCGUCAGGGCGAAUACAAAGGCGAUGUAGAGUUGCAGCGUCAGUCCACCCCGGCAGCAAAGACAAGAUUCAUCUCCGAGGUGCGUGGCCGUCCGAGUCAAUGUAUCGUUUCCAGAACCCAGUGCUGCAAUGUACCACAUCGGUGGCCUGUGGGACGCCCAUGCACCGAUCGGUCUGCGUCUGGCCACCUUCCUCCGCGUCCUCCAUUUCCCGGGGUGCCCGCGACGCUAAUCUGCUUGGCCGUUCUGCGGCGAGCUCUGAUAUCGCGCAGAACGUUCGCACACCGAAGACGCGACGCCGCUUCGGUGCGCUGCCUUCACCCGCAUUUGGGAAGCGUGUGGCCGCGCGUCAGGUGAGCGCGUCCCGUUUUGGCAGCGCCCUUGUAUUUCGCGCGGCGCGCCGUGCGCUGCGCGUC